AUGGCUUUGUCACCAGACGUGUGCAAACAGAUAGAGGAUCUGUUGAAGAAGGCGGAGACUGGCUCGCUUGUUGCAUCUGCUUCCCGGGCACUUGCUGUGCUGGAGCAGCACAACCAUGCCUUUCAGGCGAAGAUCAGUAGCCGCCAUGUUGUUUGCCAUCCUGCGAAUCGCGACGGCUGUGGCGUCUGCGCAGCUGACGUUCACAGCUUGCUGAGCGAUAUCUUGUCGAUUGGCUUCGACCCGAGUCAGCCAAAGCCGGUGUGCGUGGAAUGCUCCGGGGAUGGCGCAAUCGAGGCCUUCAACACUUGCCUUGUGGAGGACUCAGCAGGCAUGCUCGCACCUGUGAUUCCUGGCUCGUGCAAGUACGCGUCGCUAUCAUCCUCGCAUACAAAUCAAGUUCUGCGCCUGCUGGCCGCCGGCUGCAAUCAUGUGCACGAUAGCGAGGCUGGUGCGCCGGACAUCACGGUUCAGGGGAAAUUGAGCAUGGAGCAGCUUGCCCAACGGGACCCGCUGUUCCACAGUGCUGCCAGUGAGGGCAUGACUUGGACCGUGGUGGGACGGGCCGCGUUGGAGCGCUUUCCCUCGCUUGGCCCCCUCUUGCAGGAAGCCGGGAAUACAAGCGGGCAGCUUCAGAGGAAGGAGACGGAGCUGCAACUUGCCCGCCGGAUCCACAGAGAGUUCCUCAAGGUGGCAUCGUCCAAGCCACCUGGGAGCAGCGUUUCCUACCAGGAACUGCGCGCCCAAGUGUUGAGGUCAAAGCCCAGCUGCACUGCGGCCAUCCCGUUUAUCUUCACAUUUUUGCGCAAGUAUUCGGGCGGAUCGUCUGCUGAGGCCCUGAAUGAGACUGAGCAGGCAAUCAGGAUGUUUGGGGUGAGCUCACAGCGCGAGCUUGGCGCAGACUUUUGGGAUUCCCUAGGCCGCGAUAUGCGGGGAGGGGCUCCGUUGCUACGCCUUCGCCACGCACUACUCCGUGCAGCGAUCAUUAAGCCUGAGAGGGGCAUCGCCUCAGCUGACGCAAGGAGGCUCAGCUCAGUCGCCUUCAAGGAGCUGGCCCUGCAGUGCGACUGGCUCAUGGUUGAGAUGCGGUCUUUGCUCGCCACCUACCUUGCCAACGUGGACAAGGAGCUGGACGUCCUCAAGGAGCUCUAUGACUUCGAGAUGACUGUGGUGUCCGUGGCGCUUGGCAAAAAGAGCAAGGAUGCAAAGCAGGCGCUGCCACACACCAUCGAGCAGGCAGCCCAAGCCUUUGUGGAGAAGGUGGCCCUGCUCAAGCAGGUCACAAUCUCGAAGCAGAUGCGGAGCUACGAUGCUGGCGGGCGGCUGCAAAGCCCUUCGGGGUUGGCCCGGGAGUGCGGCUUCACGGAAGGCAUGCACAUUCUUCGGAAGGGGGAUGGCACGGUUGCCCAAGUGGUGCAGUUCGAAGAAUCGCACUUGGUCGUCGCAGUGAAUGGCCAGUUGCGCAGGGUUGAGGCAGGUAGCUUCACCCGCGGGGAGUGGACAAAGCACACGCCCAAGGCGCAGGUGGUGACGCUCGACCACAUGGCCAACCCGGCAGGUGGUCAUGCGGACUUCCUGGUGCAGCUCAUGAAGGCCAACAUCCUGCAGGCCAUUCAUGAGCUGCAGCAAGAGAAUGGCGACACUGAAGGCUUGUCGGUGCACCUCAAGCCUUGCAAGCGCGUGGUUGCCGAGCAAGACUACAAGAAGAAGUGUCUCAAGCUAGUCCCAGUGAGCACCAAGAUCGAGUGCAAGCCGGUGGGCAGCGCCUCUGGUCAAGGCACGCCUAUGGGAGAGCUGGUCCCAGGGAUGGAGUUCAGCAUCCUGCCUUGGGUUGUCAUCCCCAAAGAUGGCACAGCGGGCGCAGUGUGCCCCUUCUUCUUCGUUCAGCCCACUACCACCCAAGAAGAAAGCAACAUGGAGUUGGUCACCAUCAAGGCCUCAAAUGGCAUGGACAUCCCAUUGUUGCGCAAUUUUGUUGCCAUCCAAAAGGGGGAUGAUCUGAAGGUCCACAAGCCCAAAGACACGGUCGUUUUGGAGCUAGCGCCCCUGGAGAAGGUUGAGACAUCCAAGCCAAGUAAGCGGGCUAGAACAAAGCAGCCAGAUCUUGAUGGCUGA